UGUUUCAUUAAUUUGAUGAGCCAUAUGUGCAUGCCUCUAUGCACGGUAUACAUGUGUGUGCGGGUUAAAUAAUUGUGAACUGCUUAAAUAGAAAAUGAUCUUUUGUAAGGAGACUGGCAUUCUUCUACCCAACUGAAAGAUAUAUCAAUUUUCUGAGAGAUAUUCCAGAACAAGGGAAGCAAGCUGCCAAGACUGAGGUAAAGCAGAAAGAAAUGCCUCACAGUAAACACGAUGAAUAUACAGCAAACAAGCAGGACAUUGCUUACACAGAGAUAAAGACCACUAAGUCUCCACAGAAACAAAGAAUACCUAAAGCUGAGAAGAGGCCAGUAUUGCUAAGUGAAGAGCAGGUAAACUAUGCAGAACUGACAUUCCACAGAACAUCUGAGCUCCUGCCCCAAAAACCGGUUGUCGGAGGAAAAAGACAAGGCCCCAAAACAACUAUAUGGAGAAUAGUAACGGGCAUCCUUGGAGCCUUGUGUGUGGUGCUGAUGAUAGUCGUGGGGAUCUUACUUCCAAAAUUAUUUUCUAGCCAAGAAGAACAAAGCAGAAAAAUUUUGCUUCAUCCUCUUCUGUGUUCUAAGGAGAAUAACAGUUCCUGUGAUCUUUGUUCACAUGACUGGAUUGCUUUUGGAAACAAUUUCUAUCAUAGUUUUUAUGGAAUCAAAAGCUGGGUACACAGUCAGUCUGCAUGUGAAGAACUGAAUUCUCAUCUUCUGGAGAUUGACUCCAAAGCAGAGCUGGAAAACAUGAUAUUGUUUCAAUUUGAUGGGUGGAUUCUUCUCAAAAUAGAUGAAACAGAGAUGUCCUGGCUGUGGGAAAAUGCCACUAAAAUAGAGCAAACUCGAAUUAAUGAUUCAGAAAAGAAUCGUAGUUGUCCUUAUCUGAGAGGAAAGGACAUUUUUCUUGAUGACUGUUCAUCUAAGAAGCCAUUUACCUGUGAGUUUAACACACUCUGACACCUGUUUCACUAGCACAAUUGUUAUUAAACUAUAAAUAAAAUAGUA